UGUCGUAUGUGCCUACCGAGUAGGCUAGUUGAGAGCAUCAAGAGCCUCGGGGGAAUCGACUAGCUUCCCUGUUUGGCUACACGCACCUUCCACCCCUAUCUCUGUAGAUAUUAGCAAGACAGGAUUUUUGAAUUCAAUCUUAGCAGCCGCCAUGCUGGGAGCAACAAACUUGUCAAGCUACUACGCUAGUGCAGCACUCUGCUAACGACCCGGACAAAGAAGAAUCUUACCAAACCACUGUCGAACCAUCCUCAGGCCAUCCCAGAUCGACGAAGAAGGGCGUUUUCAUUAAUCUAUAUUCUCUCAUUGAAGCCAUGACAGACAAAGGAAACGUUACGGUUUCAAAGUAUCCGGAAUCGAACAUGGCAUUCGGUGUCCUUGGUGUGUUCCUGGGCCUGCUGCUGGAGGUCUCCACCCACAGUCCUUCAAGUGCCCCAAGGACCUCCUGGAAACAUGAAGAGGUCAAUUUGAUAGAGUUCUCUGAGCCUGGAGUUUUCAACUAUUCCACCCUACUAAUGAGCGAAGAAAAAGAAGUUCUCUACGUUGGGGCCAGGGAGGCCAUCUUUGAGCUGAGCAUAAGAAACGUGUCCAUCAGAAACAACAAGGUUCAAUGGACAGUUCCACAAACCCCAAUGAUGAUGUGCACGGCAAAAGGAAAAUCUAAAGAGACUGACUGUCUGAACUACAUAAGAGUGCUCCAGGUGUUGGAUGACGACCAUCUGUAUGUCUGUGGAACGCACGCUUUUCAACCACUGUGUGACUACUUGUCUCUCAAAGACUUCUCUCUGGAGGGGCGAGCAGAGGACGGACGAGGGAAGUGUUCUUUUGACCCCUCUCAGAGCUUUACUACCGUCAUGGUCGAUGGAGAACUGUAUUCUGGGACAGCUUAUAACUUCUUGGGAAGUGAACCCAUUAUUUCUCGAUAUUCCUUGUCACAGAGUCUGUUGAGAACCGAAUAUUCCACAUCGUGGUUAAAUGAGCCUAGUUUUGUCUUUGCCGAUGUCAUCCGGGAGGGAAAGAACAGCGCAGAUGGUGAGGAUGAUAAGAUAUACUACUUCUUCACAGAGGUGUCGGUGGAGUACGAGUUCUAUGGAAAGCUGCUGAUCCCUAGAGUAGCUCGUGUCUGCAAGGGGGAUCUUGGAGGCCAGAGGACUUUGCAGAAGAAGUGGACCUCCUUCCUGAAGGCCAAGCUGGUGUGCUCUAUGCCCGAACUCAACUUUGUCUUCAAUGUGGUCCACGACGUGUUCAUCCUCAAGACUCCCGACUGGAGGCAGACAGUCAUCUACGGGGUCUUUACCUCCCAGUGGGCGAACGUAGGUCUAUCGGCAGUGUGUGCCUACAACAUGACCUCGGUGGAGGAGGUCUUCUCCAAGGGGAAGUACAUGCAGAAGGCCACUGUGGAGCAGUCCCACACCAAGUGGGUGAGGUACAAUGGUAUCACGCCAAUGCCACGCCCCGGAGCGUGCAUCAACAACCAGAACCGCCUCCGGAACAUCACCAGCUCGCUCCACCUGCCCGACAAGACCCUGCAGUUUGUCAAAGACCACCCCCUGCUGGAGGACCCUGUGCUUCCCAUUGGCAAUGGGCCUCAGCUCAUCACCAAGGAUGUGAACUACACCCAGAUUGUAGUUGAGAGGGUGCGGGCACUGAACAACAACGUCUAUGACAUAAUCUUCACUGGAACUGAUAAAGGAGUACUGCACAAGUCUGUAGUAUAUGAAGGAGAGGUCCACACUGUGGAGGAGAUCCAACUGCUUCAGAAUUCUGAACCCAUUCAGAACCUGCUGCUAUCAUCACAUGGGACUAGGUCUAUCUACGCCGGCUCCAACUCGGGCAUAGUUCAGUCUCCAACAGCCUUCUGUGAGAAAUACACAUCCUGCGAAGACUGUAUCUUGGCCAGAGACCCGUACUGUGCCUGGAACCCAGACACUGCAGUCUGCAUCAACAUCUUCCACACCUCAACCAAAACACACCGGAACUUAAUCCAGAGUCUCAAUGGAGAUGCAGACAAGUGUCCUUCAUCUCUAUCUCUCUCUGUGGACGAGUACCAGUCUGUGACUGUGAAGCUAUGGAGCUCAGUGGAGCUGCCCUGCACAGUGCGCUCUAACCUUGCCCAGACCUUGUGGAUGGUGAACGGCAGUGCCCUCACCGAGGGCUCAAGGGGUUUCCACCUGCUGGGGGACAUGGGUCUGCUUAUCCACAGCGUGGCCCCCGAGGACCAGGGGUUUUACGAGUGCUGGUCCCUGGAGACAGCGGCUGGAAAGAACUUCACCCGCUUACUGGCCGGUUACAUGCUGAGUCUGGGGAAGGCCCCUUCCCAGUCCAGUCACUCCACGGUCCCUCUCAGCUCCAGGCUCUCUACCCUGAACCACACUGAAGCUUCCACCACUGCUGCUCCUCUUUGUCCUGUCGACACCUCAUCAUCCCUGUCCUCUGGAAGUAGUAUUCCUUCUGUCCCCUCUUCCACCUCCUCUUCCUCCUCCACCACCACCUCCUCCAAUGGGUCUGGGGGUGCAAAGGGUUGGGGGGCUAGUGUGAGGCUGCUGCCUCCUCUGCUGAAGGACCAGGCCUGGGGGAUUCAGGCCCAGGAGGCCUUCCUGCUCUUCUGCCUGGCCUUGGGUCCCAGUGACAUCCACAUUCACUGGCAGGUGAACGGGCAGAGGCUAGAGACCCCCAUCACUGAGCACCGACAUCCGCUGAGCCAGAGAGAGGUGCUGCUGAGCAGCUGGGUCCGAGAGGAAUCUCUUGGCAAAGAAUCCCACUACCGGUGUGAAGCCACAGCAGGAGAUGCAGGAAAUGACACUUCUGAGAUACAUCUCCGCCUUACCAACAGAGACGAAGACAGCACAGCUUCCAAAGACAUGAGCCAGUGGAUGGGGGCAUUAACGGAACAUGAAAAACUGCUAAAAAGAUGGAAGAAGGCUUGGGAGAGCUGUGAUGGCCAACGCGUUGUCUGAGGACUGGGCAACUUCCUCAUUCAUUGUCUCAGUAUUAGGCCUUGGUGGACCUGACCCUGGGUCACACAAGAAUGUUGCAGACUAUCUCAUGACAUGAUGGUGUGCUAACAUUGCUGUCGAGACACCUAAAGCAUGUCAUCCUUGACAUGUGGCUAGUAUUCACCUGGUAGUCACAGUGGUUUAUGCCUCUCCUACCUAACAGGGGACAUGGCUGAUUAGCUGGUUGCCUCAAGUUGAGGAAGGGUCUGCCUCACGAGUUAAAGUGUUAAAGUGUGUAACUAAAAGUGACGGACUGGAUCGAAUUCUGAUAAUAGCCUACCACCAUGCAGUGACAGGCUGCCUAAGUUUUGCAAUUAUUCUCCACUGUUUAUUUUGUUUUUAACUUGUGUGUCUCAAGCACUGCGUGAACAACCACAAACAACAAGUUUUUGAUUAUUUAUUUAUUGUUUUUAGAAAAUCAAUUGUGAUGAGCAAUUGUUUUGUCUAUGCUCUGUGGUUUAAUAAAUAAUAAUAAUUCAAAUAAAACUAAUAAAGGAAUUAAUGUAUUUACGGUGCACAGAGGAGUUUGACCAGUAUUUCCCCCAGCGCACAGAAUGUUAAAUUCUGGUUUUUAUUACAGUUUAUACCAGGGAUCCCCAAACUACGGCCUGCAUUUGGACCGGCCCUCUGAACAAUGCCAGACAUAAAAUAAAUAAAUAAUAAUAAUUCAUUUCAAUAGCAAUGAUUAUGAAAAAAGGUCAUUACGAUAGUAAUAAUGCUCUUUUAAUAUGCUAUAUAUCCCUUGAUAUGUACGGAUGUAUGGUGCAUAACAAAAUAAUAAACUAAUCUAGCAUAAUGCAUACAAAUGACUAAAUGUAAUGUAAAAUCAUAAUAAAAUCUCCACAAUAUUACUGGUAGUCACUCCGGCCCAUGUAAUUUUCUGUUACAGACUGACCCGGCCCCACACUAAAGAAAGGAAAAAUUAUCUGGCCAUCGCAGAAAAAAGUAUGGGGACCCCUGGUUUAUACUGUAGAUUAAGAUUAAUGCCACUGUUAACGGAUAUUGUUUCCUCAUCAGAUCACUUAUGUCGGGGUUAAGGGGUGGAGCUGGAUUGUAACUGUCAAGUUGUAUCUGCUAGGGUACCCUUGCUCCAUCUUAGAGUACAACGUGAGAUAAACAUUUAUUAAACACUUUAGUGGUGUAUGAUUUUGGUCACAGUUCAGAUCUGACAUUAACCCUCUGUGUUGCAACCCAGUGGCACCAAGUCUUCCUUAACAUCUAUUAUUAGAAAAUACAGAGCUAGAAGUCUAGAGCCAAGUCUAGAGUCAAGAGCUAGUAUUCCUCUUUACAGAACCUCUCCAGAUCAUCCAGGGUCCUAGGUCCUCCCUUGUGCAUUCUUUCAGUGGGAUUUAGAUCACGGGACUGAGAUGGCUGUGGCAUAAGAGUCUUUUUGUAUGAAUUUGUACGUGUUUGCGAUCAUUUCUUCUUCUAAAAGAUCCAACGGCAACCUAUUUUUAUACUUUCUUUCAAUGGGCAGCCAUAUUCAGAUUUAAAAUGUCCUAGUAUUUAAAGGAUUUCAUGAUGCCAUGUACCCUAACAUUUCCAGGGCCUUUGGUGGAAAAACAGCCACACAUCACAGAACCUCCACCAUUCUUAACCGUUGGAAUCAGGAUAUUUUUUGUAUAACCAUCCUUCUUUUUACACCAAACUCAUCUUGAGUGUUUGUUGCCAAAUAGCAACAUUUUGUUUCAUCUGACCAUAGAACACCGUUCAAGUAUUUUAUUGUCAGAUGCACAGAACAACACAAGGUCAGACUGGGCAUUGAAAUUCUUAAGACAAGAUGACGCAAGCACCUGGCAUAACAUAUAAGUACACAGAACAUAAAUUACAUCUAUGCUAAGCUAAAUAAGUAAACCUUAAAUAUAAAUAAUACAAUAUAUUAAACCCUAAAUACACAUAAUAACCUAUUGCUAACCCUAUAAACCUAUUCUAAACUAAGUGAAGUACAGUGAAGUACAAUAGUGCAAUAUUACUGAUAGUGCAACCAGUAGCUGAAAGUGACAGUGUGUAAAGUAUCUAGUAAGAAGUGAAUCAAUGACCAUGUCAAUGUCCAUUCAGGAGCCUGAUGGCCCUUGGAUAGAAAGUUUUGUCCAGUCUGUGUGUGCGCGACCGAAUGCUGCGGUAGCACCUGCCAGAAGGCAACGGGGUAAAGAGACUGAAGGAUGGGUGGUAACAGUCUCUUAGAAACCUGCCAGCUUUCCUGAGGCAACGUGUGUGGUAGGUGUCCUGUAGGGCUGGGAGCUUCCUGCCGAUGAUGAACUCAGCAAAAUGGACCACACUACGUAGGGCCUUGCGGCCCCUGUCUGUGCAGCUCUCAUACCACACUGUGAUGCAACCAGUCAGAAUGCGCUCUAUAGUGCAUAUGUAAAAGUUAGUGAGGAUGACUGAACACCAGGCACUUUCAUUUGUGGUGAGAUGAUGGGAAAGGGCUUUUUUCUCCAAAGGCAUAAAAAGGAUGGUUAUACCAAAAAUAUCCUGAUCCCCAGGGCUAACAUCUUGGUGCCAGAUACCACAGCACCCCUUCAGAGGUCUAGUGGAGUCUAUGCCUUGACGGGUCAGGGCUGUUUUGUCUGCAAAAGGGGAACUUGCACAAUAUAAGGCAGGUGGUUGUAAUGUUAUGGCUGAUCUGUGUGUAUAUAAAAUGUGUUUGAAAGUCAGCUUUCUAGCUAUGCUUACCUGGAAAACAGAUUAUUGAUUAAGUAGAUUAUUGGUACCUAACACAAGUUAACUACAUUGGACCUGCUUUGGUCUAAAUAAGAUCCAUUGGCUCUGGUCUGAAUCUCUGAGGUAACCACACCCCAUUAUUUUGAAUACAUUGAAAUAGAUGUAGCAUGAAAUAAAUAUGGCAUUACGAAAUGAAAGUCCCCUGAAAUAAUUACAAGUAAUCCUUUGAACAAUGUAAUUAUGAAAGAAAUUACCUAUUCAUCAUUGUAACUAUGUUGUCUGUUUUGUAUUUUUAUAGGACAAUUUAUUUUAAAUUGACUUAAAGGGCAUUUCUAAGUUUUGUGUCAAAUUUAGCCAAAUCAAUAUUCCCAGAAAAGAUAGCUUGUCUAUGAGUGCCAUCUAGCGACAUGAAGCAGCAAAAACAUUGUCAUGGUGAACAGAAAUAUAUUUAUCUAAAUAUUUUAUACAUGCACUCUACACUAAUGCAUAUCAAUUGAAUUCAGCAUCCAAACGGCUUUCAUAAA